CAUUUUAACACUAGAUUUUAUGCACUUGGUACCGAGUUAAGAUUCAUUUAUAAAAAAUGACAGAAGAAGGUGAUUUUGCUGGGCAAAUAGUGGAUGGAAAGAACAAAACGAAUGUGCGCUGUCAGUUCUGCAACAGUCUGAUGCUCAAGGCCCAGGAGGCCACCUUCAGCGAGGAGGAAGUGGAGAUUCCCCUGAUGAUGCAAAUGCAGGACAAGACGGUGGACAGUCUCAGCAGCGAGCCCUUGAAGGACUUCUGGCUGGUCAAGGACAUGAUGACGUUCGAGAACAUCGGAUUCUCCAACACGGUGGACGGCAGGAAGUUCCUGGUUUGCGCGGACUGCGAGCGUGGACCCGUUGGCUAUCAUGAUCUCAGCACCCGCCACUGCUUCCUGGCCCUCAAGAGGGUGGUCCACAAGGACUCCUAGCUGCGCGACGCCUAGUCCCUUCGGUCCCUUGUAAUGCAAUUGAUGGUACUACAUGCCAUGUCCGUGACGUGGAACAUACGAUAUAAUCCGCUUAUCUGCAUUUUGGGUUUUCUUUUUCACCGAAUAUCAGCGAGUUCUAGUGGAAUCAGCAAGUAUUUUUCAUUAUAGCAUUAACUAUUACUAUAAUUUGUAAUGGAGUUCUGUAAUUACACAAAAUAUCAUUGACUCCGCUGAAAAUCUGUGAAAUUGAAAGCCAGAACAUAGGGUUAUACCUAGAUUUUUUCACUUUUUUGUUGAUUUUAGAUUUAAGCGAAAUAAACCGCUUUUAUAUGUCUGGUAACUGAAUAAUCCCUCUUUAAAAGUAAAAAAAGAGUCUUCUAAAAGUUUAUAUAAAUUAGCAUUAAAACCAAAAGAAAAGUGAAUGUUAAUAUCAUAUUGUACUAGAAAGCGUGUUUGAAAAUUGUUGAGAGUGGUCUAAGUACACUUCGUUUGAGAUUACUUUAUAGAUCAUUUAAAAAACAUUUAUAUAUUUUUGCACAACGAUCUCUGGUCAAUAAAAACAAUCGGUUUUUGUAUUCAUA